UGGACCCAGCAGCUCUGAGUUGGGCAAAGGAAUUAAAGGAGGCUGUGCCUCCGGGUUGCCUGAAGCGUCCAAGUCAAUUUUCAAAAAACCUUUGAUAGGUAAACCUUGGAAGAAACGCCGCCGCACCACAAGGAUCAGAAAACAAAUUCUGUGGGCUCGAGAGAGAUCAAAAUAGGUGCUUCUUUGAAUAAAGAGGAGGAAAAGGCUGUCACUCGAUCAAAAGGAUCAUAAGGACUUUUGUCACACAAGAACGUGAUAGAUGGUGGAAGGAGGUGACACCAAGAGAGAAGAUGGCUUCCAGCUUCAGCCCUGCUUAGCGGCAGUGCCCACAACCCAUCAAACCCAGCCUUGUGGGAUGUGCCAUUAGUUCACCAUGGAUGGAGCCCACAGUGUGGCCCUGCAGCUGCAACAGCUUCCACCCACAAGCAGUGCUGUCCCUGUGAGCGAGGGCUCCUUCUCCUACAAGGAAAACUUGAUUGGUGCCCUAUUGGCAAUUUUCGGACACCUUGUGGUCAGCAUUGCACUUAAUCUCCAGAAGUAUUGCCACAUCCGCCUGGCAGGCUCUAAGGACCCCCGGGCCUAUUUUAAGACCAAGACAUGGUGGCUGGGCCUGUUCCUGAUGUUGCUGGGCGAGCUUGGUGUAUUUGCUUCCUACGCUUUUGCUCCACUCUCUCUGAUCGUACCUCUCAGCGCUGUCUCCGUGAUAGCUAGCGCCAUCAUAGGAACCAUAUUCAUCAAAGAAAAAUGGAAACCAAAAGACUUUCUGAGACGCUAUGUUUCUUCUUUUAUUGGAUGUGGUUUGGCUGUUGUGGGUACCUACUUGCUGGUGACAUUUGCACCCAACAGUCAUGAGAAGAUGACGGGCGAGAACAUCACCAGGCACCUCGUGAGCUGGCCUUUUCUCUUGUACAUGCUUGUGGAGAUCAUUCUGUUCUGCUUGCUGCUGUACUUCUACAAGGAGAAGAAUGCCAACAACAUCAUCGUGAUACUACUCUUGGUGGCUUUACUUGGCUCCAUGACAGUGGUGACAGUGAAGGCUGUGGCAGGAAUGCUUGCCUUGUCCAUUCAAGGCAAUCUGCAGCUCGACUACCCCAUCUUCUAUGUGAUGUUUGUGUGCAUGGUGGCAACAGCCAUCUAUCAGGCCGCGUUUUUAAGUCAAGCUUCACAGAUGUAUGACUCUUCUUUGAUUGCCAGUGUGGGCUACAUUCUGUCCACGACCAUUGCCAUCACAGCAGGUGCAAUCUUCUACUUGGAUUUCAUUGGCGAGGACGUGCUGCACAUCUGUAUGUUCGCACUGGGGUGCAUCAUUGCAUUCUUGGGCGUCUUCUUAAUCACACGUAACAGGAAGAAGGCUAUUCCGUUUGAACCCUAUAUUUCCAUGGAUGCCAUGCCAGGUAUGCAAAACAUGCAUGACAAGGGGAUGACAGUUCAGCCUGACCUCAAAGCUUCUUUUUCUUAUGGGGCCCUGGAAAACAAUGACAACAUCUCUGAGAUCUACGCCCCUGCCACACUGCCCGUCAUGCAAGAAGAACAUGGUUCCCGGAAUGCCUCUGGGGUUCCUUACCGAGUCCUGGAGCACACCAAGAAGGAAUGAGCCUACCUUGACCGACUUACCAACCCUUCAUUUAUGGUGAUUUGACCCUUCAUUCCAAAACUUGCUUUCCAAGUCUUAAUUAUUUUUAAACUGAGAACUCUGUGGGCAGGGAUCAUUGCAAAGCCUUUGUCUCUGGCAAAGAACACCAUCAUUUUGGCUGUAGAAAUUUCAUGUGGGGCAGGGGUGGAAAGGUAAAAGCAGUAUUCCAGGGAAGUGUAGGAUUCAACUGCGCCCUGGUUUAGGCCGGUCAAAUCUGGAAACCCUUGAUCAUCUGUGAGGACCUCAAACUAAGCUUUCCUAGCCAGUGACUAAAGGUUGCCACAUUCUUAUUAAAUGCUACAGCAGGACAGAGAUUCUGCUCUGACUUUCCAAAUCCAGUGAAAGGCUGGUGACCUCUAGAUCUAAUCUAUUCCCAUUUUCCAUGCAGACCUGCUCUCUACCCAUCUCUCUCUCAGGAUUCAUAUUCAUAAUAAAGUCUAUGUUGCCCUUAUAUGGCAGAAAGGGCAAGUCCUAGAUGAAACAUUCUCUCUUGCACAUGUAAAAAGUGUACAUCUACCUUCUGAGUGUCUGUGCCCUUCAGGGAAAAUGUGCUUGAGGUGUUUAUACUGGAUUUACUCUGAAACCAAAUUAGGCUUUUAUUCUGUGAACUACUUGAGUGUUUUUUUUUUCUCAAAAGAAUGAAGAAGUUACAAAAUGAAAGGAGAGAAUAAAAAAGGACAGAACUGGGGCUGGGUGAUGGUUGAGUGCACAUCUUACAAUGUGCAAGGACCCAGGUUUGAGCCCCAGGUCCCCACCUGCAGGGGAAAGCUUUGCAAGUGGUAAAGUAGUGCUGCAGGUGUCUGUCUGUCUCUCUCCAUCACUGUCACCCCCUUCACUCUCAAUUUCUGGCUGUCUCUAUUCAAUAAGUAAAGAUAAUUUAUAAAUUUAAAAAAAGGGGGGGCAUAAGUCCACAAAGGAAGAAAAAAAAAAUCACCUUUCCUUUUACUCAAAGGUGAUUACAUCACUUAUAAAAGAAGAAACAGAAAAUAUGGCUGUUUUAUGUGUAUUUUCCUGCACAGCAGUUUUCUACACAUGCCCUCUGGGAAAAUUGAGGUUGCUCAUUUCUGAGCCCUCUCCCUUCACCUCUCCUCCAUCCUGUUUUUUGUGGAGAGACAAACUCAGUUUGAGUUAUUGGCCUUGGAGUUGAUUCCGCUUCCUCACACACAUGCAUCUGGGAGAAGCAAGGAUUCUCAGAAGCAGGGCUGCUGCUUUCUUCUAGUCACAUAAACUCGGACCAUAAAUUCAAUAUGCAUUUUCAAGAAUGACAAAUAAAAGUUUGCCUGAAUGAGCCCAAGGACCCCCUAAAAAGGUUAUUUAUAAAGGCAAGUUUCUGCAUUCCAACUACAUACAUUCUUAAGUGGCACUGACAAGCACAGAUGAUUCUGAUGUAGAUAAUCCAAGGAUUACACACAUUAAGAGCCCAAUAACAGAAAGCAGUGUUCUGCUAACAACUCUAAGGGUUUUUAGCUAAACACCCCCUACUGGAAAGCUGAGAUUACCAUUUCUUGUUUCCUCUCUGGGAUUCAUUUGGCAGGUCAAAUAAUCCUCAUAGGAUUCGUGGCAUUUCUUUAUCCAGUGAUUACUACUUAGAACUACACUUACUGCCUCCCUUGGUAGCCUCUAACUAACAAGCCAGAUAACAGUGUUAAUAGACCAGUGUUGAUAGAUCAUUAACCUUUAUGGAUUAUACUUAAUAUUGACUUAGUGGCUUGACUUCCAAACUGACAGAUGUUGCCUAUGAGAACCACUUCUAUAUUGUCUUAACCACUUCUGUAUUGUGUCUUAUAUGCCUAGGAAGGCAACAGACAAUGACCUUUUCUGUCCUUUAUGAUAAGUAUCAGCUCAACUUAAUAAUACUUAUGGGACAUUUACUGUGUGUUAAGCAUUUGGAUGACAAGCACUGUAAAAGAUAAUAUAUGGUUCCUUCCCUCUAGGCCAACAGGGAAAAACAGAUACCUAGGGAUCUAUGGCAGGACAGGCCCUGAUAGGUGGAAAGAACAAUAGCAGACCACAGAAAAUAACAGUUAUAGAGAUCCUGCUAAAAUAUCAGGCCCUGAGUCCAGAACAUGGUGUUUAGAAUUGGAGACAAUUCUGGUCACACUCAUUGAUGAAUGUCAAAUCUACCUGAUGCAUGAGGGAAACUGAAAGUAUGGUGAUCACCACUUAGGCAGAGGGGUCAGCAUUUGCAGUGGUACAGAGUAAAGGGUGGGGUAGGGCUAGGGGAUGGGAAAGACAAGCAGUGGAGGCCAGAUUGUAGAGAGCCUUGGAUGCCUGGUCUGGGAAUUUUAAAUGCACCUUAGAAAGUGUGGGAGCUAUUGAUGGCUCAUGAGGAAAAUAAAAGCAGGAUUAGCACAGAUUAGAAAGGGGACCUUAAGCAAUGUAGAGGAACAAUCUGAAGCUAUAAUAAAAGUCAGCUUUCAAUGCCAAGCUGCAAACCUUCAAAAACAAGACACAGGCUGGGGGCGAGGGUACAGCUAAAAUGUAAUUUUACUGGAAUUUAGAAUUUCCAAGUAAUUGUUCUAAGGUGAGAUACAGGGGGCUGGGGGGAAAAUGUGAAGGCAGAGGAAAUGACAGAAAGACAAGCUGGGAGGUCAUUAAAAUGUUUCAAACCCAGAUAAUCCCUUGGUUUACUCUGCACUUCCAACCUUAGUCUCCCUCCUUCCUUUUUGCUGUAAAGGUCUUAUAGUUAUAGCCAGGUAGAAUGAGAGGAGUGGAUAAAUGUGAGUUAUAAUUUCAGGUCUACGGAGGAUUAUGGGAUCAGCACCACCCAGAAACUGCCACAGGGGUCAGGGCAGCUACUCUACUUUCAGGUCUGGAGCAAUGCAAUUGUCCUACAAAGCUGAAUGAGAAUACUAAGCAGAGAGUUUUGUGAAACCCAGGACCUGAGUACUCAGGAAGAACUGCUGGUGUGGAGCCAUGGUCUCCAGAAUUCCCAGUCUCUCUUCAGCUAGCUCUCCAUGCUCCCAAGUGUAAAUGAACUCUUUGUUGGUGGCAGGUAAAUAGCACUUGCUCUUAGGACAGGAGAGAAGGACAAGUUUUCCAUUGACAGCCCUGGUUUUCUUGUUUGUUUGUUUGCUUUUUAAAAUCAUGGCUCUGACAUCCUCCCUAAAACCUCCUGACUGGUCCAAGCAAUGUAAAAUGUCAUGGCUUCACCCUCGUCCUAACAACCAGUACAUAAAGCAACAUCACCAAACUUGGGUUUCAACUUUUCAGUUCUUUGAUCUUCCUCUUGCCACCCCAUUCAGUCCACCCUUUUUAAAUACUGUGAUUCUGGAGUCCCUUAUCAGAUAUUGGAAGUUAGUUCUUCACAGACUGGUGCCAGUAGGUUUGAAGGAAAACUCCGUCCUUGCUCUUCCAUUCCCCUCUCAUCAGACUGCAGUUAUGAGGUGCCAUCACAAGGGUCUUCUGGUCCUGUGAGUGCUUUAUAGCCUGAAAUUGGGUGAUGGGUAGGGAAGGAAAGGGAAGACUGACAUCUUAUUACUUUUCUGGUGGAACCAGUCAGCUUGAUAGAGCUGUGUGGAUACAAGAUUCCCAGGAGGGUAGUGUGGGGCAGCCUCCAUACUUUGACCUAGGCUCCAAACCUGGUCCAACACUGACUGGUAGGCAAAAAAUAAAAUAAAUUAUUGGGUGUUUUCUCUGAGAAGCUAGCUAUGUAAAUGAGGCCACCUUAGAAUAUAUUCUGUGUAGAUUUCUUAUAUUUUGUUAACUUUGUGACUCACAUGGCAUGUCUUAUUUUUCAAAAAAAAAAAGUGUGUGCUAGGUGCAAAUAAUGUUAUGAUGUGGUAUUUAAUUAAAAAUAUACUCACUUGA